AUGUCUAAUAGUAAAGCAAAUUCAAAUGCUCCCAUUUUACACGGUUUUAAUAUCAAUGAAAAAAAUAAUGACGGGGAUACCGCACUUCAUAUUGCCACGAAAUAUAACAAUAAAGAAUUUGUUGAACUUCUUAUUUCGUAUGGUGCAUAUGUCAAUGAAAAAAAUAACAGAGGAAAAACAUCUCUCGAAAUUGCAAAAAGGAACAAUUGUGAAGGAAUUGUUAAACUUCUUGUUUCGCAUGGUGCAAAAUAA